AUGGGUCAUGCUUGUCCAUGGGUUCAAGGAGGUGCCCCCAAAUCAUCUGAGAACAAGACAUCUGGAUCAUCCCGUACUUCAGAGAAAGGAUCUCAUAUUCCAGAAGCAACUCCCACAUACUCAGAAGCAAAGGAAGUUACUGGUGAAACGUUUACGUGGGGCAAUGGCAAGUACCAAGCUCUCAACGGCCGCAUCUUCUCCUUUGAGUCUUCCUGCGCAUACACUUUCUGCCGUGACUGUGCCGAAUCCGGAGGAGACUUCAAUAUCGAGAUCAGAAGGCACAAGAAGAAAAAGAUUGAAGAAAUAAGAGCUCUGAUUGAUGAUGUUGGCAUCUCAAUUUUGAAUAACACUAUUUUCGUUAACGACGAAAGGAUACAAGUGCCAUACAGCAACAAGAUGAUUCACAUUAAAAAACAAGGUGAUCACUAUGUUCUGAACAGCCGCAGAAAAACCCUUUCUCUAAGGUGGAAUAAGAACAAACUCUCACUCACUCUUUAUAGCCAGUAUACCACCUGUGGUCUCUGUGGCAACUUCAACAACACUCCAGGCGAAGAUAUCAAUGAGCACAUUGCCAAUAGUAAAAUUUCCAGUGACUGUCCCAAUGCUUUGAGUAGGAGCAGUGAAGUCUGCGAGGAUGGAGUACAGUAUUGUGACAAGAUUAUCGGAGCUUACUUUGAGGACUGUGGGAAGGUUUCCCCUUUGUCCAGUGAGUACAGAAAGGUGUGUGCUGAUGAGUAUUGUCAAACCGGAGGCGGCAAGGACUUGACAUGUGACACCUUCUCUGAGCUGGCCCGACUCUGUGCCUAUGAUGGACCUGGCGUCUUCGAACACUGGAGAGAUGAUUCUGCUGUAGUUUGUGAAAAGCAACAAUGUCCAGGAAAACAUAUCUACAAAGAAUGUGGACCUUCAAAUCCUCCAACUUGCUCUAACAUGGCUCCUUUUCAAGAUAGUGCAUGUGUGAGUGGCUGCACCUGCCCAGAAGGUUAUCUAUUGGACGAUAUUGGAGAGAAAGGAAAGUGUGUAUUAAAGGAAAAAUGUCCUUGUGAAUCUAAUGGAAAAGUGUAUAAGGCAGGAGAAGUCCGAGAAGGCUCCUGUGGUUCUCAGUGCACAUGCAAAGAUGCUAAGUGGUCCUGUACCAAAGCUCUAUGUCCUGGGAUAUGUAAAGUGGAAGGGAGCUUAAUUACUACUUUUGAUGACAAUGUAUUUAACCACCCUGGAGACUGUUACUUCUUGGCCCUCCACAAUGAAGAGAUUUCUAUCAGUGUUGAGCUUCGUCCAUGUGAUGAUGGUCAGACAGGCUCAUGCUUAAAGAGUGUUACGCUUCUCCGAAACUCUUCUGUUUCAGGUGGCAGAUUUGUGUUCAGUAGUGAUGGGACAGUCACAAAGGAUGGCGUUAGAAUCCAAGGGUAUUACUAUUCAGAUGAUAUACAGAUCUUCAAUGCAUCUUCUUUAUACAUGCAAGCAGAGGUGCUGUCUCUCCUAAAGAUGCAGAUACAAAUUGCUCCUGCCAUGCAGCUGUAUAUGUCCAUGCCUCCCGAAGCAUUCACAGACACCGUCGGUCUUUGUGGUUCCUACAACAACAAAGCAGAAGAUGAUUUCAUGUCAAGUCAGAGAAUUCUGGAGGGUACAGCUCAGGCAUUUGCUAAUUCCUGGGAGAUGAUGUCUUGUUCUAAGGGGAGCCCCUCUUCCUGUGUCAGCAUCGAAGCAGAGAAGUUUGCUGACAGCAACUGUGGGAUUCUUCUCAAUUCAAGUGGGCCUUUUGCUGAGUGUCAUCAAACUGUGAGCCCCAAAUUCUACUAUGAGGAAUGCAAAAAAUACACAUGCUCUUGUGGAAGCAGCCAAGAUUGCCUGUGUACGAUUUUAGGGAACUAUGUGAAAGCAUGUGCCGAGAAAAAAACAUACCUUGUGGGCUGGAGAGAUGGGCUAUGUGAGCUUUCUUGUCCAAGUGGCCUUGUGUUUGACUACAAAGUGAAAACCUGCAAUAGCUCUUGUCGAUCACUCUCACAACGAGACAGAAGCUGUGAUAUAGAAGAUGUUCCAGUUGACGGAUGCACUUGCCCUCAGGGAGCGUACCAGAACAGUGAAGGGAACUGUGUUCAGAUAUCUGAGUGUGACUGCUAUGUUAAUGAUGAGAUUGUGCAACCUGGCAAAUCCAUCCUUAUUGACGACAAUAGCUGUGUCUGCCAGGAUGGAGGGCUUGUUUGCCAAACUCCCCUUAAUUUGACCAUACACAACUGCUCCAGGGGUGCUGAGUAUGUAGACUGCAAAGAUCCCAAGGCACAGAGAAGGACUGAUAGGACAUGUAGCACCCGGAACAUACCUGACUUUCAGGUCAACUUGCCAUGCAAACGUGGCUGCUACUGCCCAGUAGGAAUGGUCCGCAACUCUAAAGGGAUAUGUAUACCUCCUGAUGACUGUCCCUGCUCGUUCGGCGACAGAGAAUAUGAACAAGGAAGUGUUACAUCUGUUGGCUGCAAUGAGUGUACUUGCAUAAAGGGGUCUUGGAACUGUACCCAAAAUGAAUGUCAGAGUACUUGCCACAUCUAUGGGGAAGGGCAUGUUAGAACCUUUGAUGGAGAAAGUUACAGCUUUGAUGGGCUCUGCCAGUACACGUUCCUUGAGGAUCACUGUGGUCAAGAAAAUGGCACAUUCCGUGUUUUAACUGAGAGUGUCCCAUGCUGUGAAAAUGGGCUUACGUGCUCCAGAAAAAUCAUAGUGGCUUUCCAGGAUCAAAACAUCAUCUUACAAGACGGUAAAGUGACAGCAGUUCAAACCACUGAAAGUAAGGAUUGUGAGCUCAACGGGACCUUGUACUCCAUCCACACUGUUGGCCUCUACCUGAUUGUGAAACUCCUGAAUGGAAUCAUUCUGAUCUGGGACAAAUACACCAAAGUCUCUGUUAUUCUGGACCCAAGGUGGCAGAACAAAGUGUGCGGCCUUUGUGGAAAUAACAAUGGUGAUCUUAAGGACGACUUCACAACAAGGCACUCCUUGGUAGCUUCCACAGCCCUGGAAUUUGGAAACAGUUGGAAAACAAGCCAGGAGUGUUCAGAUACAGUAACUCAAAGCUUCCCAUGUGACUCGAACCCAUACUGCAAGGCCUGGGCCGAGAAGAAGUGUGAGAUCAUCAGGGACGACACCUUCAGGGACUGCCACAACAAGGUGGACCCGACGGCUUACUACAAUGCAUGUAUCGAGGAAGCCUGCGCGUGUGACAUGGAGGGAAAGUACCUUGGUUUCUGUACUGCUGUGGCAAUGUAUGCAGAGGCGUGCAAUGCAGCCGGAGUCUGUGUCUCAUGGAGAAAGCCAAACCUUUGCCCCGUGUACUGUGACUACUACAAUGGCCCCGGGGAGUGCAGCUGGCACUAUGAACCCUGCGGCACAGUGACAGCCAAAACAUGCAAAGAUCAGGUCAUCGGGCAGAAGUUUUCUUCACUUUUAGAAGGCUGUUAUGCCAGGUGUCCCGAGAGCGCACCCUAUCUGGAUGAGAACACUAUGAAAUGUGUCCAGUUAUCCGAGUGCAGCUGCUACCACAAUGAUGUCAUACCAGCAGGGGGCGCUGUUGUGGAUGAGUGCGGAAGAACAUGCUAUUGCACUGCUGGCGAGUUGAACUGCAAUGUUUCUAUGACCACAGCUACUUCCUCAUUAAGCACCUCAACAGCUCAAGUGCAGGUAAGCCUUCGCCAGCAGGGCAUUUCAGACCCAGCAGCCUUACCUCCCAAGACUCUACUGGAACCUCAUCUCCUGAUCUCUCCACGACUGGAAGUGUGGGCUCCACAGCUGCCCCAAGCUCAAGCUUUAGUUCUGCGCUCACAACAGGUACCAGGGGCAAAACCUGGAGCUUCUGGCAGUAUAGCCAUAGGUUCUGGCAACUCAGUUGUGCUGAACAUGUUGCCAUAA